CUCCUUCUCCUCCUCCUCCUCCAGCUCCAGUCCCCUCUCUGUCACAGUUUUUCCACUUUCUUUGGCUGCACUUCAGGACCCUCCCCCGUUUGGAUGCGGCGCUGCGCUUUUUCUUUCCUCCUCGCACUCUUCUGAAUGUUUACUCGGCUUCAAGAUCUUUACAAGUGUGUGAACUAUUAUCAACAAACGACCCUUUUCUUCUGGGGAGGCUGUUAUUAAGUGAAACAUCGAAGCGGACCGAGGAUUCGGGUAUUUCUCCGCCGGCAAGGACCAUGCCGACUCUGCAGAGCUCUGCGGUCCUGCUGCUUUUCUGCUUCCUGAUUGGUCUGAGCUGCUCCCUGAACCCAAGAGACCCCAAUGUGUGCAGCCUGUGGGAGAGCUUCACCACCUCAGUCAAAGAGUCCUACUCGCAUCCGUAUGACCAUGUGACCGAGGAGCCCUGCUCGGACCCUCGGACCUCCUACAGAUGUCUGCGUCACAGGAUCACCUACAAAACAGCCUACAGGCAGGCGGUGAAAACGGACUACCGCAAGAGGUACCAGUGCUGUCCAGGCUACUACGAGAGCGGAGACAAAUGUGUCCCUCGCUGCACCAAGGAGUGUGUCCACGGCCGGUGUGUCGCUCCAGAUCGCUGCCAGUGCGAAGGCGGCUGGCGAGGCGACGACUGUUCCAGCGCCUGUGACGACAAACACUGGGGCCUCGGCUGCAGCCAGCAGUGUAAGUGUGAGAACGGAGCUCUGUGCGAGCCGGUGAAGGGAGCAUGUCAGUGUCCUCCAGGCUUCAUAGGACGCCACUGCGAAGACGCCUGUCCAGCAGGAACCUUUGGGAAGGGCUGCCUGCAGAGGUGCAAGUGUGGGACCGGAGGAUCCUGCGACAAAGCAACAGGAGAGUGUGUUUGUCGGGACGGAUUCAGUGGGACUUUCUGUGAAAAGGCCUGUUCGAGGAAGUGCCAGGCGAGGUGCCCCUGUCAGAAUGGUGGCAUCUGUAGGGGCAAAGGGAUCUGCGCCUGCCCCCCCGGCUGGAUGGGUGCAGUCUGCACAGAGCGAUGCCCAGAGGGAAGGUUCGGGCCCAACUGUGCUGAGGAGUGCGUCUGCCACAACAGGGGAAAAUGUGACCCUGAAACCGGACAGUGCAAGUGUGCUAAAGGUUUCACUGGGAACAGGUGUAAUGAAGAGUGUGCUGCAGGAACUUAUGGUCAGGACUGUAAAGGUGUGUGCGACUGUGCUAACGGCGCUCGCUGCUACAACAUCGACGGAGGCUGCCUGUGUGAGCCGGGCUUCAGCGGGCCACACUGCAGGGAUCGCAUGUGUUCACCCGGAAAAUACGGCAUGCACUGUGAACGCACAUGUCUCUGCCAGGACAAACACACACUCAGCUGCCACCCAAUGAAAGGAGAGUGCACGUGCCAGCCGGGGUGGGCGGGGCUUUACUGCAAUGAGACCUGCGCUCACGGUUUCUACGGUCACGGCUGUCUGGAGCCUUGCCUUUGUGUGAACGGAGGCGUGUGCGACAGUGCCACCGGGCGAUGCCAGUGCGCUCCAGGCUUCACGGGCGUUCACUGUGAGAAUCCCUGUAAAAGUGGCACCUAUGGAAAGAACUGCUCCCUGGAGUGCUCCUGUAAGAACUUUGUCGACUGCUCACCGGUCGACGGGACCUGUUUCUGCAAAGAAGGCUGGCGAGGCCUCGACUGCUCCACCCCCUGCUCCGAGGGAACCUGGGGCCCAGGGUGCAACGCCACCUGCCACUGCUCCAACGGGGCAAAAUGCAACCCUGCAGAUGGAUCCUGCAGCUGCACGGCCGGCUGGCAGGGGGCGCACUGCGACCAACCAUGCCCGAUGGGCACGUUUGGGCCUGGCUGCCUGAAGAGGUGCGACUGUGUUCAUGCCGACGGCUGCCAAGCUGCCACCGGGGAGUGUCGCUGUCUGCCAGGCUGGUGGGGUCCGCGCUGCAGCGAGCCGUGUUCGGACGGCCUGUGGGGGCGCCACUGUAACCAGACCUGCUUCAAGCAUUGCCCCAACAGCGACACGUGUCUGAGGGAAACUGGAGCUUGUGUUUGUCGUCCAGGUUUCUGGGGAGUCACCUGUCAGAACAAAUGCAGAGCGGGUAUGUACGGCGACCAGUGCAGCUCGUCCUGCGCCUCCUGCAGUCAGUCAUACCGCUGCCACCAUGUGACAGGAGAGUGUGACUGCCUGCCCGGAUACACCGGACCCAACUGUGACCAAGUUUGUCCUGCUGGCUACUACGGCAAACAGUGCUCUGAAGUGUGUGUAAAAUGUGCCAACAAUUCCACAUGCAACCACCGGGACGGUCACUGUGAAUGUUUGGCCGGCUGGACGGCGACCGACUGCUCCAUACCCUGCGGUCCAGGACGCUUUGGUCCGUUCUGUGCUCAGACCUGCUCCUGUCCAGCCAACGCCCUUUGUGACCGAUUUACUGGAGACUGUUUGUGUGAAAGUGGAGGAGACGACUGCAAGCAAGACUCCGCGGAGCAGGCGGGGAGCGUCAUGGUUCCUCUUCCUCCCGGGGAGAGGGAGUCGUGGGGGGCCAUCAGCGGCAUCGUGGUGCUGGUCAUCCUGGUGGUCCUGCUGCUGGCUCUGCUGCUGCUCUAUCGCCGCCGGCAGAAGGACAAACAGAACAACACGCCCACCGUCUCCUUCUCCACCAGCCGCACAGUCAACUCUGAAUACGCCGUGCCAGAUGUUCCUCACAGUUACCACCACUACUACUCCAACCCCAGCUACCACACGCUGAGCCAGAACAGGCCUCCGCUGCCGCACCUCCCCAACAACCACGACCGCACCAUCAAGAACACCAACAACCAGCUGUUCUGCAGCGUCAAGAACGCCGAGCGGGAGCGUCGAGGUCUGUUCGGAGUGGAGACCAACGCCACGCUGCCUGCAGACUGGAAGCACCACGAGCCCCGCAAAGACUCCGGAGCGUUUGGCAUCGAUAGGAGCUACAGCUACAGCGCCAGCCUUGGAAAAUAUUACAACAAAGAGCUGAAGGACUCGGUGGCGGUGAGCAGCAGCUCUCUGAACAGCGAGAACCCUUACGCCACCAUCAAAGACCUGCCCGGCCUGCCCUUCUGCCCCCCAGAGAGCAGCUACAUGGAGAUGAAGUCGGCCGUGCCCAGAGAGCGAGCGUACACCGAGAUCAGCUCACCGCCGCCGUUCAACACCGGCACCUUACGCAGAGAGCGUCAGAGUUCCCUCGGCCACGCUCCCCACGACGACCCCCAGAGCCACUACGACCUCCCCGUCAACAGCCACAUCCCAGGACACUACGACCUGCCGCCGGUCCGCCGCCCCCCUCCCCCAGGAGAGCUCCUCAGUGACAGUCACAGCAGACUUUACCCUCCUCUUCGCUUCGGAGGUGAUGAAGAAAGACUCCUCUCUGACAGCAGGAGCUGCAGACCACCUGCAGAGCAGCGGCGAGGUGUCCAAACUGGUGUUUACUGUGGACGCCCUCCUUUUAACUCGACACUGCCCCCCUGAGGGCCUAAAGUGGUACUUCCUUCACCGUGGCAGACCUGCCAUCCAGACAGAGGAGCCAGCAGGCUGCAGGGCUUCAGCUGCUUCCCCCUCCCAUGGGAAAAACACACCAGAAGACUUCACAAGCAGUGACUUUGAUCAGCUGGUAUUGCUGUUUAAAGGGCCCUUUUUGUCAGAAUUCAAAUUUUCUUCUGUCCUCAUCACCAGCGAUGAGUAAUGCAGGAAUUAUUUUGUUUAAUUUUGCAUUUCAAAUUCAGGUAAAUGACAUUUUCAAAUCUAUUUCUUACCAGGCAGCUUUGGAUGAACUGAUCACAGCUGGACGUCCCUGUGAUUAGCUGCUAGAGAACGUAACAUUGUAUCCCUUGGUGCAUUUUAUGUCUUACAUAGUGCAAAAAGUGCCUUUAAGUCUGUUUUUUUGUAAACAUCUGAAGCUAAAAUGUGCAGCAUUUUACAAUAAUUCAUGCCUUUGUUGUUUCCAAAUGUGGCAUUUAGGGAAUGAAACAUCUUCCUUAUUUACUUAAAGAAACGCAACUUGUUGCCGCUGUCAGAAGAAACUUUGUAAAUAUAGAAAUAAAUAUAUUGUUAGCCUCACAAUAAUGUAGAAGGACAGCCCUACUUUCAGAUGAACAUGUUGUUAAGGGGUUUAUGGGACUGAAGAUAAUUUACGUUUGCAUAUUAAUAGAUGUACACGGGUCAGCGUGAGUACAAACACUGACCCUGCUGUGAAUAAGCCAUCAACAAGCCAAAUCAAAGCAGCGUUAUGAAUGUCAGCACAGCGUCCUACAGCUUUUUAAAAACUUUGUGUGAUAUUUUAAGGGCCACUUCACCCAAAACAUGUAAAACUGAAUUUUCACAUCACAGGGAGCUCCACUAAUCUGGCGUCACAACUCUAGUGAGAAAGAAAGGUGUCAUCUUCCUUAACCCUCCUGUCGUCCUCAUUUACCAAGAAAUAUUGUUUCCUUGUCUGAAAAAAAAUCCAAAAAUUCAGCAAAAAAUUCCCCAAAUUUCUGAAAAUUUGCAAAACCUUAAGGAAGAAAAUUCCAAUAAUUCCUUAAAAGUUUUAUUUAAAAAAAAAUCACCCAAAUCUGUAGUGAUUUUAUAUAUAUAUAUAUAUAUAUAUAUAUAUCAGUAAAACUUUUUUCCCACCAAAACAUGUUCGAAAAUUUCCCAAAAAUGUUAAAAAUGUAGACACUUUCUUUAUUUUUCCCACAUUUUCAAGCUUUAAAAUCGUGAAAUUGACCCCCAGGACAACAUGAGGGUUAACACUGGUGCCUACAUUACCCAUAAUGCACCUUUAUGUGUCAGACAGAUGAAUUUUGCAGCAAGGCAAAGGUGUGACCUGCCUGACAUCCCUGGCCAAUCAGCUAGCAUUAUUCUCAGAAUUAUUACUUUAUCUCCAACAGUCCUGUAAAGAAAAUCUGUCAGCUACAGACUGGAUAUAAAGAUAAUGAGCAGAAAACAAGACAAAUUAUCUGAGAAAUGUGCUGGUAACGUCGUUUCUAAAUAGAGUCUGCACAGUCGUACCUGCCCACCAUCGAACCAAACAAUCCAAAAGGCAUCCUUUCUAUUUUAUUUUGAGAUAUACUACUUCGUCAUAAUCUUGCGCCUUAAUCUUUGACUGUCUUGCUCAUAUAUCCAUUGUAGACUGUAGUGCAAAAUGUGCUGUUAUCUAUCAGUGCACUCUCCGCUGCUCAGUAUUAUUUAUACUCAUUAUGAUGUAUCUGCACAGAGGACUGUGGCUCAGAAUGGCCAGAAUAGCAUGCUGGCUGGCCAAACUGCAAAAUGCAACUGGAUAUAGUCAGACAUCUUGGUAUUUUUGGUUCACUGAGCUGGAAUUCAGAGCCACCGUGCCUGAAACCAUGCCCAACAUUAACCCUUAAAACAGUUUAAACAGGUGAGUUAUAAAAACAUUCACCACCUGUAUACUUGUCAUGAAUGAGGAAAAUAGCUACAGACACCAAAACUUUUAUUUUUUAACAGAGCUCUAAACAUGUUUAAUUUUGCUGUAAAAUUAGUCAUUUUUACAUGGAGGUUUAUGGGGGUGGACUAACUUUUGGAAUCAGCCUCAAGUGGUCAUUUGAGGAACUGCCUUUUUAAAAUUUUUCUGCCCCUGGUGUUGAUGCUUUGGCAUCACCAGUCUAUGAGGGAAAGCUUGCAAUUACAAACCAUUAUUAUCUAAGAAAUGAUAAACAUGCAGUAAGCGUUGGCUUUGAGCUGCUGGUGGAUGUAUUCAAGUAGGAACAAUACAGUUCCUGCGUCAUACUGCUCAAAACAACAUUUGUAGAUUUGAGUAACCGGCUCAUGAGUUUCUGAAAUGUCCACUUUUUUUUUUUUUUUUGCCACUUUGAGCACUCCAAGCCAAAUGCCAACUAGUUCAAUUAUGAAGUGUUAUCAAAAAGUCUGUGUCCUUACUUAAAUUUGGACACCAUCUCUGUUGGGACCAGUCUCCUUGUGUAGUGACACACUGCUCCACGUGCUCCUGCAACACUUGCAGGACUCCGGUUGGUACAAGAUGGUAGCGUCCAUUUCUAUCAUAAUUUGACUUCACUUUUGGACAACAGGAUCUUUAUAUAGUCUGAUGUGUCUACAGUUCUGACAGAGAUUCAAACGUCACAUUAUUACUGAAAUACUCAGUGCAAUAUUCCAGUUGCAGAAGGUGCAGUUUUCUUUGAUGAAGGUAAAAUGUAUCACAUACUGUUAUAAAUGAAGCAGUUACGGUGCUACAGAAAUGCCCUGACUUACCAAUUUAAACAUAGGGGAACAUGCAGCAACAAUCAUACUUUGUUUCAAUGAGGGGAAAAUGGAAAUACUAGCAUUCCCAUUCAAAUUGUGACUCAUAUUGCCUGAUUUUUUGUGCCUAUUAUUCACAUUCCAUGUGUUUUUACACAGCGUUUUUAUACACAUGCAGUCAUACCUUCCAGUUUUUUUCCUCCGCCUUGAUUCACCAGUUCUAAUUGAAACCAUUGAAUGCCUUUUGGGUAAGUCAGACACCGUUUCCAUUAACAGAUGUUUUUUGUAAUGUGGCUAAACUGAGUUUUUAAUUGGCUGAUAGGUAAUUUUGUAAAGUAUCAGUCAGUUUCAUUUGCUGCGAAAAGUCUGGGAGGAGAAAACCAAAGUUGAGUGUUUGCUUUACAUAAUUUUAGAAAUGCUGUAAGAAAUGUUUGGUUAAAAAAAAAAAAAAUCAACCAGUGAAGCUGUUGAACCUGCCAAUUAGAUAACAGAAACCAGACUGAAUGUACAUUGUGCUUUAAGUGCUUUUUUGCUUUUUUUUUAACAUAUGUCCAUAUAUUUUUGAAUGUAACCGUGGAAACGUGUAUAUAAUGUAAAUAAAAAUGUCUGCACCUUUUCA